CACAUCCGCGAGACUCAGAGCCCGUGUGGCAGCGGCGCGGAGCGGUCGGGUUCCCGACGGCGUGGAAACUUGCGGGCGCUGACAGGCCGCGGCCGAGCCUCUGUCAAGAAGGCGCAAGAGGUCGGCAGCUUCGGUUGAAGCACAUCGAGCCGAGCGGCGGAGGCGGAGGCAGCGGCAGCAGCAGCGAGUCAUGAGCGACAGCGGCGAGCAGAACUACGGCGAGCGGGUUAAUGUUGAAGAAGGAAAAUGCGGAAGUCGUCAUUUGACAAGUUUUAUAAAUGAGUAUUUGAAGCUCAGGAAUAAGUGAAGCUGAAAUUUGAAAAAAUUAAAGAAUGCAUGCUAAUUAUCAGACCAGAAGUCCCACUUGUAGAAUAUUGAGCAAUUUAUGUGAAGUGGGGAAGAUGAAAGAAGUCAGAAUUUGAAACGGAAGAAUGAAGAAAAGAAAUAAAAAUGAAGUUAAGAUAAGAAGUAAUCUGGAAUCAGAAAGCACUACGCUAACUGAAUAGAAGAGUCAGAUGAUUGUAAUGAUGUUGCCUUUAUUUGGAUGGAACAAGUACACAUCAAAGUAAUACUCAAUGAUAGCCAACCAACAGCUGUCUUCUAUUUCUACCCUAUUGGAGAAGCCAAGGAAUCCCGUUCUGCUUCCAGAAGUGGAAGUGCUCAUGGAUCUGGGAAAUCUGCAAGGCAUACCCCUGCAAGGUCUCGCUCCAAGGAAGAUUCCAGACGUUCCAGAUCAAAGUCCAGGUCCCGAUCUGAAUCUAGGUCUAGAUCCAGAAGGAGUUCUCGAAGGCAUUAUACAAGAUCACGAUCUCGGUCUCGCUCCCAUAGACGAUCCCGUAGCAGGUCUUACAGUCGAGAUUAUCGGAGGCGACAUAGCCACAGUCAUUCUCCCAUGUCUACUCGCAGGCGUCAUGUCGGGAAUCGGGCAAAUCCUGAUCCCAACUGUUGUCUUGGAGUAUUUGGAUUGAGCUUGUACACUACAGAAAGAGAUCUAAGAGAAGUAUUUUCUAAAUAUGGCCCCAUUGCCGAUGUGUCUAUCGUAUAUGACCAGCAAUCUAGACGUUCAAGAGGAUUUGCCUUUGUAUACUUUGAAAAUGUAGAUGAUGCCAAGGAAGCAAAAGAGCGUGCCAAUGGAAUGGAACUUGAUGGACGUAGAAUCAGAGUUGAUUUCUCUAUAACAAAAAGACCACAUACCCCAACACCAGGAAUUUAUAUGGGAAGACCUACCUAUGGCAGCUCUCGCCGUCGUGAUUACUACGACAGAGGAUAUGAUCGAGGCUAUGACGAUCGGGACUACUAUAGCAGAUCAUACAGAGGAGGUGGUGGAGGUGGAGGAGGAUGGAGAGCUGCUCAAGACAGGGAUCAGAUUUACAGAAGGCGGUCACCUUCUCCUUACUAUAGUCGUGGAGGAUAUAGAUCACGUUCCAGAUCUCGAUCAUAUUCACCUCGUCGCUAUUAAAGCAUGAAAUGGAAGGCUUUCUGAAAUCUACCUUAGAGUUUGGAUAUUGUUUGUGGACAAUAUUUUUUAUUGUCUCCUGUUUAAAAAGUGAACAGUGCCUAGUGAAGUUAGGUGACUUUUACACCUUUUAUGAUGACUACUUUUGGUGGAGUUGAAAUGCUGUUCUCAUUCUGCAUAUGUGUAGUUCGGUGCUUUGUUCCAAGUUAAGUGUUUUCAGAAAAGUAUGUUUUGCAUGUAUUUUUUUACAGUCUAAAUUUUGACUGCUGAGAAGUUUUUAUUGUACAAAACUUCAUUUAAAGGGUUUUUCUACUGAAUCCAGGGUGUAUUCUGAAGAUGGAAGCCUGUGUGUAAAAUGCUACCAAAUGGCAAAAGCAACAAUAAAGUUUGAUUUUUACUUUUCUUUCUAACAUCAGUGCUUAGCAGAAUUGUUCAGACUAGGUUGUCAAUAGUAAAUCUGAAGACAAAAAUGUUCAUUUUCCUUUAGUCAUUGGAACAUACCAUAGCUAAUAUACCUGCAACUAAAUAUUAAAAAUUAUGCUCUGUAACUCAAUACUGCUAAUAGUAGAACUAAUGAUCUUUCAAUACAGCAAAUGCUUAAUGCUUAUAUUAAUGUGAAUUUGUCAGCCUUUAUGUAAUCUGUAUUAUAUAGCAGGUAAAGAGUGGCACAGUAUACAGCUUUAAAAGGUUAUUUCUCAACGAUGGUAUUUCAACUGGUUAUCAGCAAGUGACAAUACAUUCCACCACAAAUGUACUCUUGUUCUAGCUUUUAGACUACAUGAAAGAAACUGGGUGCUUCAGAAUUUGGAGAAAGAAACACUACUGUGUUGUGGAUGAACUGAAGACUGCCUGUUCAUUUUUUAAAUAUUAUUUCAGGUCCUUUGCAUACCAGAGGAGGCCCAAUUUCACUCAAAUGUUUUGAGAACUGUGUUAAAUAAAUGCAAAUGAAAAGUAAAA